AUGACGAUGCUUGCUAUGGCUCGAGGUUCUGACGAGAGAAGAGAAGACGAUAUAGAGGCAGAAGGAGAGGCGAACGGCGAGGUGGAUGUGGUUGGGGUCGAAGAGGCCGCACCGGUGGAUCUUACAAGACGUUUGGGAUUAACAAGGCCUCCCGAAAGGCCCGCAAUAGCUUUUUCUGUAGAUAAUAUAUUGGAUCCCACCAAGUUCACGGGUCGAUCUGAGGUUCCUUUGAGAUACGACGAGACUUAUUGGAGACCGCAUUAUGAUAGGGACGACAGUGAUUCUGGUUAG